AUGAGGGGAUGCCUCACAUGUCGGCUGCGCCAUCUGAAAUGUGAUAAAUCCGGUUCCAAAUGUCUCCGCUGUCAACGAUCUGGCCGCGAAUGUGUGCCGGCUCCCGGCAAGUCGGAGGAAGUGUCCUUUCGACAUGGUCAAAAUCCGUCGUUAAGAGGAAAGGGUCCCCCGAGAUAUGGCGAGAGUGAUCUUGCCUUUCCGGACGAUCAGAUCUGGGUUGAGACCCGCUCCGAGUUCGACUUCAAGGAUGAAACGGAUCAGACCGCGGCUGAAUACUAUGUUGUACCUGUAGCAAGGCAACUAUCAGCGUCAAGAUCUUCGUCUGAAGCUCGUUCAACGCCUUCAUCAGCAAUGGAAUCAUCUAUGGCCACCCCAAACCUGGUCCUUCCAUACUCACAUCAUGGCUCGCGGUCCAACUCGGCAACCUCCCAGUCAUCGACACCGACACCAGUCAACCAGCCGAAACUAACCAACAUCAACGAGGCGUAUCUCCUACGCCAUUUUCAAAAGCACCUUGCACCAUGGCUCGACGCAUGCGACCCUCGCCGACACUUUUCAACCGAUGUAGUCGAACGCGCGACCACAUCGUCCCUACUUCUAUAUGCAUGUCUCGCAGUAUCAGCCUGCCACCUAUCCCGAACAACAGAAAACUUCCCACCCGACCUCGAAGACAUGUAUCAUGAACGCUGCAUCUCAAUCAUGCUCCCAGUCCUCGACAAACAGGAAAGCGAAAUCGGCAUCGACAUCCUCAUCUCAUCAACCGUAAUGCUCCGCUUCUUCGAACAAGUCUCCUGUACGUACCAACGCACACCCACCACCGACUCAGCUAAUAAAGUCGAAGCCUGCAACCCCUCAAACGACCACCAACGCCACCUCCUAGCAGGCUCAGUCUACAUAAGCUCACACGUCGACUGCGCCAUAUCAGGAGGGCUAGCAACAGCGUCCUUCUGGCUCUUUGUGAUCCAAGACAUCCAAUUCGCACUUACGUACCAAAAAUGUCUUCGGCUGACGUUCGCCCCGUUCGACGACGUUCUCCGCCGAUGGUGGGUCGCCAAGCCGAUCCUGAGCGACGGCGACUGGACAAACCGUGCGAUCUGGUUGCUAGCCGAAACAGUGGAUUUCUGCUGGAAUGUCUCGGGCCGAAACUACGGGGGCCGACUUGGCUCCGCUGGUGAAGUUGCGCUUCGACGGAGGAUUCUGGAGUGGGAGACUGGCAGGCCUGAUUCUUUUGCGCCGUUGCAUGUUACGCCGCCGGAUCGUGCUAGGGGGAAGCCUUUUCCUGUUGCUUGGUUUACUAGUUCUUGCCAUGCCACUGCUAUACAACAUGUUUGCCUUGCCAAGGCAUUGAUGUUCAUUCGUGAACUGGAGGGUUGGAGUCCAAAUCUGAGGCAUUUGGAACAGCCCGUCCGAUUAAAGCAUGAGCUCACAGAAAAUCUCUACUUCAUCUUCGGAAUCGCCCUCUCCGCCGACGACGAUCCUCCCCUACGAAUCACAGCCUCCCACGUCCUCCGUGGCUGUGGCUCAUGGAUCGACGACCCCCUCGCCCAAAACCUAAUUUUCGACCUUCUCCAACGCAUAGAGAAGGAAAAUGGCUGGCCGUUAGCCCACGUACGAGAAAAGGUCAUUGAAUUUUGGAGAUUGAUGUAG